AACCAUUCGAAGUCUCAAACUCCGAAAGAAAAUGGAAGGAAAAUAGUUGUUGUUACUUGUUUGUUGUUGUUGUAAUUCUGUGUACGUUUUUCGUAUUAUGUGCGUGUUACUGUUUUCCAUUACUUAUGAGCAUAGAUGGAAAAUCACACCUUUGCUAAUUUUUUUCAUCCUCGAGCUUUCUGAUUUAUAAAGAAAAUCUUUUUCAGACAUAUAUUAUUACAUUUUAAUUGAAUUUGCAGUGCAUUGGAGCGCAUAAGAUACUUAGAAUACAUUGGCCUAAUGACUUGCUGACAGAGGUUUAAGCUUCCCUAUUUUAUGUACAUUAUAUUAUAUUAUUUGGUCCAUGUUAUCUGUUCUAUGACCAUGGUUUAUUCUGUCUAGUAAAUACUCAAGUAUGAAUGGUAAUAUUGAACUCGGUUGAACUCUACUUUAUUAUUACUUGAUUAUUACCAUUUAUUUGCUACGCUGACAACAGUUCAUGUGUCUAUACAGUUAAAUACAUACUUUAUACGCUGUAAUUACACUUACACUGUUUCAAAAUGAAUAGUUGAGUAUAUACCUAUAAGUAAAAAAAAUAUUUCGGACGCUAUAAUUUAGGUUGCUCGUAGGCAACGUUUUUUGGAUAAAAAUGGCUCAACAGAUACCAAAACCAUUUCAGGACCAGUUACAGAAAAUAGUUUGACUUGGAAAAUGAAAUAUCUAUUUCAAAACUGAAAAUUGGAACUUGCGCAAAGUGACGCCUGGUUCUAUUCAAUAUUCAGAGGUAGUACCUAGUAACAUGCGCAGCAAAACGCGAUUGCGUGUGAAACGGAAGCAGUGUUAGUGGUGGCUGUGUCUUCUUAAAGUGUUUCUCCGUUACUGAAGAUCGGCGGUCACUCCCUAAGUGGCUAUAUCAGCCUAUCUCGUUUGCCUACUGUGGUGGGCAGCCUCCUUGAUGAGGGAUACUCUGAAAACAUAGUAACGGAUUUAAUACACAUAGGACGAGGGCAGUUUUCCACUGACGAAAUGGUAACUGAACUUGAGAAGAGAAAUCGGUUAAAGUUGCUCCUUCCAUGGUUGGAAACACGUGUUAAAGAAGGUUGUACUGAACCAGCGACGCACAAUGCCCUCGCCAAGAUUUAUAUUGACUCCAAUAAUAGCCCUGAAAAGUUCCUUAGAGAAAAUAAGUGGUACUACUCGAGACUAAUAGGUCGUUACUGCGAGAAGCGCGACCCGCACCUCGCGUGCGUGGCGUACGAGCGCGGGCAGUGCGACCGCGAGCUGAUCGCCGUGUGCAACGACAACUCGCUGUUCAAGACGCAGGCGCGCUACCUCGUGCGGCGCCGCGACCAGGACCUGUGGCUCGAGGUUCUGGCCGAGUCUAACCCCUUCAAGCGACAGCUCAUUGACCAGGUGGUGAAAACAGCGAUCGUAGAAACCUGCGACCCUGAGGACAUCUCAGUGACAGUGAAAGCCUUUAUGUCCGCGGACCUGCCCAACGAACUGAUUGAGUUACUUGAAAAAAUCAUGCUAGAAAAUCCUGCGUUCUCCGACCAUAAGAACUUGAAGAACUUGCUCAUAUUGACAGCAAUAAAGGCGGAUCGCGGUCGUGUUUUGGGAUACAUCGAAAGGUUGGACAAUUAUGAUGGGCCUGACAUUGCAAAAAUUGCUAUAAGCAACGAUCUAUAUGAAGAGGCCAUCGCCAUCUACAAGAAGUUCGACGAUAACACUUCGGCUAUAAAAGUGUUAAUUGACAAUGUGAAGGACCUCAAACGUGCGCGAGAUUUCGCCGAAGAAUGCAAUGAACCCGGUGUAUGGUCUGAACUUGCCCAAGCGCAGCUCCAACGGGGACUGGUGAAAGAAGCUAUCGAAUCUUACAUCGAUGCUGAUGAUCCAUCAGCCUAUAUUAACGCUACAACGAACAAACAACAGUCUUGGGAUGACGUCAUAAGGCACUUGCAAAUUAUAGGGGUUUGUAUGAAAUAUAUAGGUAGGUUUAUAGUGAAUAGAUUAUGUGGUUGCAUUUGUAAAUAUAGCGAAUAAAGGAGUGAAUAUGGA